AUGGAUGCCAGCAUCGAAGGGUUUGUAAAGGCCCUUGGUGGCGGUGUGGGUGCCCUCUUCUCUACGACAACUCUCUACCCUUUGGAGGUCACCAAGACCAAGGUGCAGGCUUUUGCAGGCAAGGCCAGCACAGACGAAGACGAUGACGCUGAGAAACACAAGGCAAUGGCAAAUACAUUUCAUGCCUUGUCCUACACCUGGCACAAGGAGGGGCCGUGGGCCUUGUUGGCCCCAUGGGCUCCUGGCUGGUCCAGCACCUGCGUAGACCAGUUUGUCUUCAACUUUGUGUACUACUACUUCUAUGAGUCCUUCAUGGCCCUAUGGCGAAGUGUCAUUGGCCGCGUCACCUAUCGCGCCAACAUGCUCAUUGCUACCUCGGCAGGAGCAGUGAUGCAGCUCACCACCCUUCCACUGCAGAAUCAUUCCACGAGGAUGCAGACGCAGACGGUACAGCGUGGUAAUUUGGCCACUGCAGUAGCCAUGUAUCAAGAGGAUGGCCUUGGAGCCUUCUACAAGGGCCUCUUGCCUUGCCUGUUAUUAUCUGUAAAUGCAUCCAUCCAAGACACGAUCUAUGACACCAUCAAAGAAAUCUGGCUAAGGCGUGUAAAUCUCAGUGCCAAACAGCACCAGGCUCAGGUCCGGAUCGGCCUGACAGCUGGCCAAGCUUUUUGGCUCGGCCUUGGCAGCAAACUGAUUGCAUCCACGGUCUGCUACCCUCUGACACGGGUGAAACAGAUGUGCCAGGCGCAGACCAAGCGCUCCAAAACCCGGCAGGGUGCAACAAAAGACGGGGAAGUCGCCCCGCUGAACAUGUUUCAGAUGGCCAUGCAAGUCUACAAAGCGGACGGCCUCCAGGGCUUCGUGUAUGGCAUUGAAGGGCAGGUCUUCAAUGCAUCCCUGAAAGCAGCGCUGAACAGAAUGGUCAAGGAACGGAUUCAAGUACUCAUUUUCUUUCUUUUGUUUCCGCAGAGAUUUCGCAAAAUGCGAGAAGCUGCAUUGGCACAAGUUCAGCAGUAG